AUGCCGGAAGUGGACAAGGAUUCAGAAGACAAGAAAGAGGACGAGGAAGAGGAGGAGGCCAAGGCCGAGGGGGAGGACUCAGACGAGGAUGAGGACAAGGACCAAAAUGAGGAGGAGGACAAGGACAGGGAUGAAAACAAGGACGAGGAGGAGGCCAAGGAAGAGGACGAAGUGAUCCGCUGUGUCUCUGGCACUGCAGAAUUUGGCCUCCCUCUCUCCCUACACCCUCCAUACCUGCCUAUCACAAACACCUUCUACACCUUCUCCUUCCCAUCAACUAACAGGUUUGGAAUGAAGCUGGGGGUCCUAGGAGGUGAGGUGGGGGACCCCUCAUGGCCUGGGGGACAGUGUGGGCACAAUCUACCCACCUACUCUGGGAAGGCCUUGUUCUGCCAUGAACAGGGGCACCAUCUGUAUGGGGAGUGGCAGGGACCCCCAGACGCCCAGCUCCUGGGGCAGCAGCAAAGCAGCUGGGUUGAAAAGCUGCAGCUUUCCUGGGACAAGCACAAACUUUCAUGCGAGGAAGCUUCAGCAACUGUGGCUGGCUACACUGCCGGCCUGGCUAUACCGCCGGCCUGCAUGCCGGACUUCUGGUCCCGGGGCUCCGGCUCCCGGACUGGAGACUCUACUUCCUGUAUCCAGACUGGGAAAGGCCCACACUCCGGGCCUGCUUCUCGGGGCUACAUGGACAAAACAGGGCAGGGGGGGAAGGAGGCCGACCUCAGGUCGUUCCUCUCUUGUGCCAGGAGCCGCUUCUUCCACCCUCCGAGGAGAAGGCAGGAAAAGCCCCGAGGGGUCUCGGGGCCCACAGGAGACCAGCUGAUGGCAGUGCCCCUUCUGAUGGCUAGGCCCCAGGAACUGGUGACGUUCAACGACGUGGCGGUAUAUCUCUCGAAGGAGGAAUGGGGCCAGCUGGACCCUUCUCAGAGAACCCUCUACAAAGAUGUGAUGCUGGAGAAUUAUGGGAAUGUGGUCUCACUUGGUCUUUCUGUUCGCAAACCUGAAAUGAUUUCCCAGCUGGAGCAAGGAAAAAUGCCCUGGGUCCCAGAUCUGCAGGGAACAGAAGAUGAUCAGACUACCUGGCCUGAUGAUGGGCCUGAGAAAGGCAACAUGGAAUCUCAUCAUAAUCAGGAAAUAUCUAAUGAUGAAUCUCGGUGGAUUUUGUUGGCGGGGAUCCCUAGGGAACAAGGCAGCAACCUUGUAGAAUCCUCUGCCUAUCUUAACAGGUUAGAGGGGCCCCAACAAAACUCAGCAGAGAAGAGACUGAGGUACGCCCAUUUACAGCCCCCAAGUACCAGCCUUAUGACUGUCACCCCCAGGAAGAGGGUCACAGAGGAGAACAGCCGUGAGUCCCAUGAACAGGAGUGGAGCUGUGAGCCAAACCACCAUCUGAUUACCCACAAGGGAGAUCUGAUGAGGGAGCAGCCCCAGAGUUAUGAUUCCUAUAACCAUACUCUCAAGAAAAAUUCAGAAUGCAUGAGACACAUGAGAAACCAUAGGACUGAGAAACCCUAUAAAUGUAAUGAAUGUGGGAAAGCCUUCAGCAGGAGCUCACACCUCAUUCGACAUCAGAGUAUUCACAAUGCAGAAAAGCCCUAUGAGUGUAAUGAAUGCGGGAAAGCCUUCAGUCAGAGAUCAUCUCUUAUUGGACAUCAAAAAAUUCACAGUGGAGAAAAGCCUUAUAAAUGUAAUGAAUGUGGGAUUGCCUUCAUCUGGAGUUCACACCUCAUUCAACAUCAAAAAAUUCAUAGUGGAGAGAAACCCUAUGAGUGUACCGAAUGUGGGAAAGCCUUCAGUAGGAGCUCAUAUCUUAUUGGACAUCAGAGAAUUCAUAGUGGUGAGAAACCGUAUGAAUGUAAUGAAUGUGGGAAAGCCUUCAGGUGGAGAUCAGCUCUUAAUGAUCAUCAUAGUAUUCAUAAUGGAGAAAAACCCUAUGAAUGCAGUGAGUGUGGGAAAGCCUUUGGGGGGAGAUCACACCUCAUUCGGCAUCAUAGAAUCCAUAGUGGAGAGAAACCUUAUGAAUGUAACGAAUGUGGGAAUGCCUUUAGUAAGACCUCCUAUCUUAUUGUACAUCAAAGAUUUCAUAGUGGAGAGAAACCAUAUAAAUGUAAUGAAUGUGGGAAAGCCUUCAGUCAGACCUCAAACCUUAUCGUACAUCAGAGGAUUCAUAGCGGAGAGAAACCUUAUGAAUGUAAUGAAUGUGGCCGAGCCUUCACAGCAAGGUCAGGCCUGAAGCAACACCAGAGAAUCCAUAGCGGAGAGAAACCCUACAAAUGUAAUGAAUGUGGGAAAGCCUUCAAAGAAACCGCACACCUCAUUCAACAUCAGAGAAUCCAUAGUGGAGAGAAACCCUAUAAAUGUAAUGACUGUGGGAAAGCCUUCAGUCAGAUUUCAUCCCUCAUUGGGCAUCAGAGAAUUCAUACUGGAGAGAAACCUUAUAAAUGCAAUGAAUGUGAAAAGAACUUUAGGUGUGCUUCACACCUCAUUCGACAUCAGAGAAUUCAUAGUGGAGAGGAACCUUAUAAGUGUAGUGAUUGUGGCAAAGCCUUCAAUAAGAUUUCAACCUUUAUUCUUCAUCAGAGAAUUCAUAGUGGAGAGAAACCUUAUAAAUGUAAUGAGUGUGGAAAAAUCUUCAAAGGUACUACCCAACUUAUUCAACAUCAGAGAAUUCAUAGUGGAGAGAAGCCCUAUGAAUGUAAUGAAUGUGGGAAAGCUUUUACUCAGAUCUCCAACCUUAUUAUACAUCAGGGAAUUCACAGUGGAGAGAAACCAUACAAGUGUAAUGAAUGUGGGAAGGCGUUCAGACUGCGCUCACAUUUUAUUACACAUCAGAGAGUUCAUACUGGAGAAAAACCCUAUGAAUGCAAUGAAUGUGGGAAAGCCUUCAGUCAGACCUCAAACCUAAUUGUACAUCAGAGGAUUCAUAGGGGAGAGAAACCCUGUAAAUGUAAUGAAUGUGGAAAAGCCUUCAGAUGGAGCUCAGAGCUCAUCUUACAUAAAAGAAUUCAUUUUGGAGAGAAACCAUAUAAAUAUGAUGAACAACAGAAAGCCUUCAAACAGAGUUCAGAGCUUAUUUCUCAGGAGAAAAUCCACACUAAAGAGUAACACUCUGGCUCUAAGAAAUAUUAGGAAAGCUUCAGUCACUCUUGAAGCUUUUCAGGCCCCAGAAAAUUCAUUCUGUGGCUAGACUCCAUAUAGUAUUAUAAAAGUAUUGAAGGUGAGCUUGUGUGUCUAUCUAUGACUUGCUUUGUUUUACACCAAAACCAGUGUUAAUGUUGCUGAUUGAUCUUCAAUCACGUCAGUUCAGAUUCAUGCCUUGCUGCUACCCUCACGCUGUAGUUGAGGCCCUCAGAGGCUGUCUGUUGCAAGCAAUUACCUAUUAACUCAUCUUCCUGCCUCCAGGCUCUACUCUUUUUUAAAAAAUCUCACCUGCCUACGGCUUUCUGGUAAACUUUGCUAAAUCAUCACUUUGGUCGUGUCUUCUAGAACCCACAUUGUCACUGGAUUGCCUAGGCCACCACCUAGCUGACCCCACCUAGCCCACCUAACUUUAUUUCUGGUUACUUCCAAAUACAAAUGCUUCACUCAGGCUGACUGGUUAGAUCUACUGAGCUGGUGAUGCCCAGGGGUAUUUUAGAGAGAAAAAGAGUAUUUUUAGAGACAGACAAAAAUGUAUUGAAAGAUGAGAUCAAGGACUAGAAAAGAAGAAGACAUUGAGUUUGCUUAAAUCCAAGGAUGGGAAAAACAACAGUUUACUUUUUCCCUCUAGUAAUAACAGCCACCAGUGUUACAAUACUUUGAGCACUUUCAUACAUAUUAUCGCUUGAAUUUCACAACAGUCCUGUGAGGUGGGUUCUUAGAGGUGUUAACUCAGUUUUACAAAUGAAACAGACCCCCAGAGAGCUUGUGACUUGUCCGUGGUCACAGAGAUAGCAUCAGGCAAGAGUCAAGUCUGAAGUCUCUUUUUUGUGCUUUGAAAGAGAGUUCUUGAUUUGAGCACCCCUUUUUGGUUUCUAAACCAGAGGGUAGGCUGCCCAGGAGAGCCAACAGGAGCCAAGGCUUAGGGAAGUAACCUGCAGACUCAGGUGGGGAUUUCCCUCUUGUGUGUCUCCUCUAAGAACCUUCUGUUGUGCCAUAGGAAGCUUAGCUGAAUUUCAAGUCAAAGAGCAUGAGUUCUAAUCCUGACAGCAAAUCUUUUCAGCUCCAGGGCUUUACUUGGCCUAGAUGGCUUCCAAGGCCUCUUCCAUUUCUAAAUUGAGAAGUCUGUGAUUCUAGAGCUUUUCUUUUCAUGUUCUUCCCAUUGAGUGCUCACUGAGACCUGGAAUUUGAACCUGGGUGGUUUGCUGAAUAAUUGGAGCUGCAGUAGCUACUGGCUGUAACUGUGGCUACUGCCCUUUGUGAUACAAUUUGUGAUCCUAACUUCCUCACUUAUUGAUCCAACAGAUGAGUGUGAUACUGACUAAAUCUAGAUGUCCUAGCCUGUCAUCAAAUGCCUUCUUCGAUAAUCUGGCCCCUGUCUACCUCUGAAACCUUUUCUUUUGCUACUACACGUAGGAGUAUGUCUAGAAGAGGGUGACCAGGAUGAUGAGAAAAGGAGGGAGUGUGUUAUCUGAGUGCCGGUGUUUAGCCUGAAAAAGGGAAGAGUUGGGGGGGACAGGAUAGCUGUUUCCAAAUAUUUGAAGUGUUACCUUGUGAAAGAGGGAUUUCACUUGUUCUGCCUAGCCCGGAGGGACAGAACUGGAAGGAACAGGUAGACAUUUUGGAGGCAGAUUUAGCCUUAAUGUAAGGAAGAGGCUACCCAGCAGUGGAAGGGCAUCACCUGCGGGUGAUGGAUUCUUUUCACUGGAGGCCUUCUCAGAGGGGAUUCUUGUCAAUUUACAUUUUGGCCUAGUGGCUUCUGAGGUCCCUGUUUCUGGGAUACUCCUAGAUGCUAACCAAGCUGUCCUCCACUUGAUUCCCUCAGCAGAACGUAACAAUUCUUGCAGCAUGCUGUGGUGGAAAGAGCACCGGCCGUGGAGGCCGAAGGCCUGGAUUCAAAUUCCAUCUACCUACUAACUUUGUAACAUUAGAUAAUUCACUUCACCUCUCAGCCUCAGUUUUCCUCAUCUGUAAAAUAGGGAUUAGAAGAACCUGCCCUGUCUUAAUCAGGGAUUUUUUUGGAGCAUGUGAAAAUGCUUUGUAAACUUGAAAGCACGAUACAAAUGGAAGCUAUUUGAAUUCCCGCCUCUGUGCCUUUGCCCAUACUGUUUCUCUUACCUGAAAUGCCUUUCCCCUUUUCUUCAGCUUAUUUAGAUAUGACCCUUGAAGGGCUAGCGCCUCCAUUAAAUCUGCCCCAACUGUUCCCACACUUAGUAUCCUCCUGAACCCCUGUGGCACUUACUGCGGACAAGCAGUGAGUCCUUUGUCACUGAAGGUCUUCAGGUCAAGGCUAGGUGCUCGUCAGGGAAUUGUAGGGACAGUUCCUGUUCAUGUACGGCUUAGACAAAGUGGCUCUUACGGUUGUGAGAGUCUGUGUUUCUACUAUUGUUUGUAUUAUUUAUUUGGCACCUAACAUAUGCUACCUUGUAUUUUGGAUUUUUUACUGUAUGUGCCCUGGCCCUGCCGCUUACUAGCCAUGUAACCUUGGGUAAAUAUUCUCUGAUCCUCAAUCUACUUGUCUGUAAAAUGGAAAUAAUGCUGCCUGCCCUGCCUGUCACUGGGUUGUUGUGAGGAUCUGUGUGAAAACAUCUUGUGACCUGUGAAGUGCUACCCAAAUGUAAGGUGGUAUUUGUAUUGUCUUUCCAACUUGACUGUACGCCCCACAAAAGCAAAAUAUCUGCUCUUAUCCCUCUCUAUAUCCCCAGGGUUUCGCACUGUGCCCCCCACACAGAUGCACAAUAAAUGUUUAACGCCAA